CCACCUGUGGAAGGAGAAGUAGGAAGAGGCAGGCAAUCUCACAGGAACCUUGGGCUGCUGAGCUUCCUCUUCUGUGGACAGUCCCUGUCCCUCCCUGCCUGGAGCUUUCUGUUGGCGCUUCCUUCCCAGACAGACAGAUGGACCCAGAAGCCAGAGGGUGCCAGGUCCAGCUCCUCCAACUGCAGAGAUGACGCUGCUGCUGCUGCUACUGCUGCCCCUGUUGUGGGGGAUCAAGUGUGUUGGGGGCCAGGGGUACCAGGCAGGGGCUGGGGCUCCCACUAAUCUUUGGUCUCCCAAAGGGUCCUGGGGUCUGGAUGACAGAUACCAGCUGCAGGUGCAAAAGUCUGUGACAGUGCAGGAGGGCCUGUGUGUCUUCAUACCCUGCACCUUCUCCUACCCCACACCCUACUGAGAAUCUCUAACCCAGUUCUGGGCUCCUGGUUCCAGAAAGUGGCCGGUAACAUCAAUCACAACUCGGAUGCUCCAGUGGCCACAAACGACCCACAUAGGGAAGUAAAAGAGGAGACCAAAGGCCGAUUCCAGCUCCUUGGGGACCCCUGGAAUGGGAGCUGCUCGCUGGUGAUCAGAGACGCACAGAUGAAGGACACGGCAGCGUACAUCUUUCGGGUGGAGAGAAACUAUUACGUGAAAUUUAGUUUCGUGACACACCCACUGUCCUUGGAAGUGACAGGCCUGACACAGAAGCCCAGUAUCUACCUCCCUGAGACCCUGGAGCUGGGGCGCCCAGUGACACUGCUCUGUGUGUUUCCUGGGAACUCUGAGGGCUGUCCAGCCCCCACAUUCUCCUGGACGGGGGCCGCCGUCUCCCCCCAAGGAGUUGGACCACGAACUUCCCUCUUUUCGGAGUUCACGCUCACACCGAGACCCCAGGACCACGACACCGAGCUCACCUGUCGAGUGGACUUCUCUAGAAAUGGUGUGAGCACUUCCAGGACCAUACUACUGAACGUGACCCCAGGGGAACGUGAGCGUGGGGGAGAAUUUGUUCAGGCGGCCUUCAUGGGAGCUGGCCUCACCACCCUGCUCUUUCUCUGUCCCUGCCUCAUCUUCCUCAUAGUGAAGCCCCGGAAGAGGAAGGCAACCAAGACAGCAGCUGGAGUAUUGGAUGUCCCCUCUGUCUUGGGCACCAUUGCGUGGGGUCACCGGCAGGAAUCCCGGCCACGUGGCCCCCCAGACUGCCAACCUCGGGCUGUGGCCCCCCGCACCUCAGGAGAAGAGCUGGAACUCCAGUACGCCUCCCUCGUCUUCCAUGGGCUAAGGCCCUGGGAGCCUCAGGGCCAGGAGGGCACCAGCACCACUGAGUACUCGGAAAUCAAGACCUGCCAGUGACUUGCAUGAAGAAGACAUAUGAGACUAUGUGGGAGCUCCUGUCUGCAGGGGAGAUGAGAAGGCAGAGAGGGUCAGAAGCUGGAUGAAUGGGCACAAAAAAAGAGGGUGGAGAGAAGGAGUGUGCUGUCUCAUUAGGGGCAGAGCAACUAAGAGUAUAUAGCAAGGUGCAUAUAAAUUUUUGUAUGAGACUUACUUGAUUUGUAAACUUACACUUAAAGCACAAAAAAAAAAAAAAAAAAAAAAAAGAUCCACCAGGGAGGACUCUCCCAGAGCCCAGUUCUGGCUGGAGGACCCAGGGCUUCCCUGGGAUGGGACACUUCAAGGGGAUUCCUGAAUCAGCAACUCUUCACCCGAACAGAAUAUAACUACUUAUGUGUGUGGCACAAGGGUUAAGGGCUGGGCUCUUAACUGAAGGUCAGAGGUUCAAACCCACCAGCCUUGGAAAUCCAUGGGACAGUUCUACUCUGUCCUAUAGGGUUUCUAUGAGUCAGAAUUGACUCGACAGCACCUGUUAAGAACAACAUGGGAAUGUCACAGUGUGGGGAUGGGCAGAACUGGGCUCAGCUCUCAGCCUCAUCAUCAACUAAGAGCAGGAGUUUGAACAAAUCACCUCAGUGCUCAGUUUCCUCAUCUGUCAAAUGGGCACGAGAAACUGAAAUCACAGGGUUGUUGUGAGGAGUCAGAAAGUAAUUACUGUGAUGCAUCUGUUAUGGACUGAAUCGUGCCCCCCACAGCAUGUGCUGGUAUCCCGACCCCUACACCUGUGGAGUGAGCCCUGGUGAUGCAAUGGUUAGGGGUUAGGACAUUAACAUAACUUUAGGGGGCAUGACUCAAUCCAUAACACUGGGGAACCCAACCUGUGACACGCUAUUUAAAAAUAAUAAAGGUAACUCUAAUAAUAAUACACAUUUGAAACUCAACUAUUUAGGAAUAUGCAUCAAUGAAAUCGUUACAGAAUAAAGUUUAACUGUGGAAAAAAGUGUACUAAAAGUGUACCCCACUCAGACAAAAACUUGUACAUCAAUAUUCACAGCAGUACUAUUCAUAAUAACCAGUAAGUGGAAACAACCCAAAUGUCCAUCAACUGAUGAGUGGAUAAACAAAAUGCGGUCUAUCCACACGGUGGAAUAUUACUCAGCCAUAAAAAGGACUGAAGUAGUGAUACAUGCUACAACAUGGGUGAACCUUGAAAACACUAAGUUAUGUGAGAGAAGCCAGUUGCAAAAGGCUACACAUUGUGUGAUUCCAUUUAUAUAGAAUGUCCAGAAUAGGUAAAUCUAUAGAGACAGAAAGCAGUUUACUGGCUGCCUAGGCCUGAGAGGAAUUGGGGGUGGGGGUGGGUUGGAGGGUGCUACUUAAUGGGUACAAGUUUUCUUUUUGGGGUGAUGAAAAUGUUCUAAAAUUGACUGUGGUGAUGGUUGUAGUACCCUGUGAACAUACUAAAAACCAAGACUUGUACACAUUUAAAUGAGUGAAUUGUGUAUUCUGUGACUGAUAUCUCAUCGAAGUUGUUAUUUGAAAAUUCUAAUGUUUAACCCGUCCCUUAUAUUUAAUGACUGCCUUUUUUUACAAAAAAUAGUGUUUUACUGUGUUUUCGGUGAAGGUUUACACAGCAGUUUAGGUUCCCAUUCAACAAUUUCUGCACAAGUUGUUCAGUGGCAUUGGUUACAUUGUUUGCAAUGCAUGAACUUCCCCGUUAUUUCUGUUCUGGUUGUUCCAUUUCCAUUCAUCUAGUUUCUCUGCCCCCUUACAUUCUCAUUUUUGUUUUAAAGUAAUUGUUGACUCUUUGGUCUCAUGUAGGUGAUUUUUUAAAGGAUCCCAGUACUUACAGGCUAUAUUCAUUAUUUUUUGAGCCAAUUUGCUAUUUAGCUACCAGGUGACCUCAGGAGUUAGUUUCAGUUCAAAGUUUGAAGAGUAUCUCAGGGCAAUAAUUUCUGGGAGUCCUCAGUGUCAACCAGCCCAGGAAGUCUGGUUUUGUUUUUAGGAAUUUGAGGUUCUGUUCCACAUUUUUCUCCAUUCUGUUAGGGUCCAUCUACCAUGGCCCUGAUUAGAAUGGUUGGUAGUGGUAGCUGGGCACCAUCUAGUUCUUCUGGUCUCAGGAUACAUGAGGCUGUGGUUUGUGUAGACUAUUUGUCCUGUGGACUACUUUCUUCUGUGGGUGUUUGGCUUCCUUCUUUCUCUUUUGCUCCAGUCAAGUAGAGACCAAUAGUUGUAUCCUAGAUGGCCACUCACAAGCUUUUAAGAAGGAGUGCCUUUUUAUUUUGAAAUAACCCUAGGGUCACAAUGAGUAGCAAAGAAAAGUAUAGAGAGGUCCUGUUCACCCUUCACCCAGCCUCCCCAAUUAUUACUAUUUUGCAUAAGAAUAGUGCAAUAUCAAGACCAGUGAUUCAAUAUUGGUAGAAUCCAUAGAGCUUAUUCAGAUUUGACAAGUUAUGUAUGCACUUGUUUGUGUGUGUUUGUGUGGUGUGUGUCUGUGUAGCCUAUCAUCCACCAGAGGUGAAUGUGAACUGCUUCUAAUCCUCCUUCUUGGUAAGUAUGUAAAGAAUACAUUCACCAGAUCCAUAGCCACGUUCUGUGUUACCAGAGCUGAAUUAAUCUGUUCUAGUAAAGGUGGCGAAGUGGUUAAGAGCUCAGGCUGUUAACCAAAAACUCAGCAGUUCGAAUCCACCAGCCACUCCUUGGAAACCCUAUGGGGCAGUCCUACUCUGUCCUAUAGGGUCACUAUGAGUCGGAACCGACUUGACAGCACAACAACAACAACAGUGAAGAUACCACUUCCGCCACAGUAGCUGCCACUGUCCCUACCAAUAGAGUUCGUAGUAGUCACCUCUCUUCUGCCACAACCAGUUGGGCUUAUCCAGGGAGGCAUCUUUAUCUCCUGCCUCUUGUUGCUGUUAGUUGCUGUCAUGUUGGCUCUGACUUAUGAUGACCCCAUGCACAAUGGAAUGAAACAAUGGUUCUGCACCAUCCUCACGAUCACCAGUGUGCUUGAGUCCACUGUGGUGGCCACUGUGUAUUUUGAGCACCUUCCAACCUAGGAGGCUCAUCUUCCAGCACGAUAUUGGACAAUAAUCUGCUGUGACGCAUACGGUUUUGUUGGCUCAUUUUUGGAAGUAGAUUGUCAGGCCUUUCUUUCUAGUCUGUCUUAGUCUGGAAGCUCUGUUGAAACCUGUCCACCAUGGAUGACCCUGCUGGUAUUUGAAAUACUGGUGGCAUAGCUUCCAGCAUCAUAGCAACAUGCAAGCCAGCUGUCAUGGAUUGAAUUGUGUUCCCCCAAAAGAGGUGUCUGCAUGAAAGUUUACAUAGAUAGAUGAAAGAAUGAGUAGCUGUCUGAAAGGUUGACAGGAAUGAAUGGGUGGAUGGAUGAAUGAAGAAAGGCUGGGUGGAUGGAUGGAAACAACUGGGAGCUAAAAUUUUCCUGGAGGAACUUGUUUGGCAGACACUAGACUCCCCCAGCUCAAAUCAAACGAUUUAUUAUCAAAGCACAGUGAUGGAGAUGGUAGGUAGGGUCCCUGCUGGGGGGCCAGCCCCACUCCCGCCCAUGUGUCUGAUGUCUCCUCCAUCCACACCCCCAGCAGCUGGCUGGAGAUGAGGGCUGAAAGGAUAGGACAGUCAAAAGGAGGAGAUUCGCAUUGUCUGGGGUGUAUCUGUGGGUUUCCUGAGGCUAACUGGGAUGCAGAGCACCACCUAAGGAAGCAGCAGGACGGCACAUUGAAGGUUCUGUCUAGAAGCUCAUCUGUGAUUAAACAGCAGGCCGUGAGUCACAUUUCUUCUUUUGUCUAUGUCAAACUAUGGGUUCUGGGAAGUUCUGGAAAGUUCUAGGAGACAAUAAAAAUGGUUGUUGGUAUCUUGGUCAUUCAAGGAACACCCUUGAGGCCCCUACUUCAUGACAGGCCCUUUGCAGGGACUGAGGACACUGCCAUAAACAAGAGGGACAAGAAGCCCUCUUGGAGUUUCCAAUUUGGUGGAGACGCUGAAAAUUCAACAAACACUUCUUGGCUGGGACAAGGCGAUAUGGUGAGAGAGCGGGUGGGUGGGAGGUGAAGAGACACUUCACUGGGGUGAUCAGGACAACCUUAGGGUCCAACAGCUGAGUUUGAGAAGGCACAGCCCAGCAAAAACAAAAGGGGAAAAACAUCUCAGACAGCGGGACCAGCAUGUGCGAAGCUUCUGAGGUGCGAUUGAGCUUGGUCUAGUCUAGAAACCGAGAGGAGGGUGGUGUGGGCAGUGCAGAGUGGACA